GCGCUCCGCCCCGACGGGGCGGGCGGUGCCGCGGGGGCUGGCCGUGCCCCGCGGAGAGGAACCGGGAGCGGCAGGACGCCGAGCUCCGCCAUCCGCCAGCGACCAUGCAGCUCCUGCCGCUGCUCGCCUGGACGCUGCUGCCAGGCUGCUGGGCGGCGGUGAGGGGUCCCGGCACCGUGCGGGGAUUCGUGGGGGGGUCCCUCUCGGUGAACUGCACGUACCAGCAAGGCAAUGAGAUGAAGCCGAAAUUCUGGUGCUCUCCGGGAAGCAUUAUGUUUACCUGUGAUGAUGACAUCGUCAUCACCUCGAGGUAUCAUCCGGAGGUGCGGCGGGACCGAUUCUCCAUCCGGGACAAUCGCGCACGGCGGGUGUUCACGGUGACAGUGGAGGGCCUGACCGAGCGGGAUGCGGGCAUCUACCGCUGCGGGGUGCGAUCAGGCUUUUCCCAGGUUGACGAGAGUGAUGAUGUGGAGGUGAUCGUGUCGCCAGGUCAGUCCCUGCACGUCCCCACCCGCCCGCACAGCACCAGUGACCACCAAGACGGGCAUCCGGGUCCGGGCUACGACCCGUCGCUCAACUCGGCCCCCACCGUCCCUCCGACCAAGCCCCGCCCGCCCGCGGCGGGGACGGACGCUCCGUCGGGGACCCCCGACCCGUUCCGCUGCUUCCCGGUGGUGGCCGGGCUGCAGGUGCUGGCGCUGAUAGCCAUGAGCGGAGCCGUGCUCUGGGUCAGCCUGCGGAGCGGCUGAGACCCCAGCGGGGAUCCCCUGGACGCAGCCGGCGCCGCUCCACUCCGGGACGCCACGGCCUCGACGGCGAGGGCGAGGUGGGGGGAGGCAGAACGGGGGCCCCGCCGGGCCCUUCCCACCGCCGACGGGGGCUGCAAUAAAGC